GUCAAAAAUCGUUGGCAAAAAAGCAAAGUAGCUGUGCGGAACGUUCUAGGACUUGAUGGUGAACAGCGUUUAGCGGCAGAUCGGCCUAUUCAAAACAGCCAGUGAUAACGUGCAAAUUCCGCAACGAUCCCAUCACCAAAUCAGCAUGGAGGACGGCAAAGAAGAGCACCAAUUCGUCGUGGACGAUGUGAGCAAAAUCAUCAAGGAAGCUAUCGAGACGACGAUCGGAGGUAAUGCUUACCAGCAUGACAAAGUUAACAACUGGACCGGAUCGGUGGUGGAAAGCUGCCUCAGCGUGCUAACUAAGCUACAAAAGCCGUACAAAUAUAUCGUAACGUGCAUGAUAAUGCAGAAAAAUGGAGCUGGAUUGCAUACGGCCAGCUCGUGCUACUGGAACAACGAAACCGAUGGUUCUUGCACAGUGCGCUGGGAGAACAAGACCAUGUACUGCAUCGUGUCGGUGUUUGGACUUUCCAUCUAAAGAAAAUCUUUCGACUAAGGGUCAUGCACAGGCACGCAUUGGCGAGUGAACGAGCAAUGAUGUCUACUAAUUUCCAUAAAAAAUACCGUCAAUUUGGUUGAUCUAUAGCUGUAUGAAUGUUUUAAACGUCGUAUUUCUUUCCCGCAUUCGGUUGCUGCGUAUGGGUUUUCUUACAGAAUUAGACGCGCGAUGCUGUAUGAAUUUGCGUAUCUUGUGCUUCUUUCGGCCGGUAGAAUAACUUUUGAAUAUUAGAAAUCGCCUUAGCCUGUGAGCUGAUUUAAUUUAUUUUUAUUCGAUAAUACUAUUACGAUUAAUAGGAACUAUCUGUCCGCUGACAGCAUUUAGAAUCGUAUGGCAGUCUGUUGCCCCUUGUAUGAAAGUUUUUCUCACCAUCAGCAGCAGUUAUAGUGUAAACAUCAGCUAUUUUGGAAGAGAAAAUUGUAGAAAUACCAGGCUCGGCAGCCCACACUGUUGCACCUUUCCCUUUUAAUAAUCCUUCUGGUAGCCAGUUUUCGAUAAAAUAGUGUGAUAUGUCCAAUGCAAAAAUGAAAUUGCAAUGUAAGCCAUAGCAAUUAGGAUAGCACAGGGCCCUACCCUCUAUAUCGUACGAGGCUGUGCAGCUGUCGGAAGGAAGCGCUGUGUGGUGGAACGCUCCGACAAAUGGAAGAAGAGAACAGUAGCAACUUAUUGUGGUAGUACAGCAAUUACCGACAAUUGCUGUAGCACAAUUUAGCAAGAAACGACACACAACAGACACAAUUCAUCGCGCUGUAAGUGAUUGGGCUGCACGUGAUGAUAGGAAAGCAUGGUUGGCAAUACAAGUUUUGUAAAUUUUCGUGCUCACACAGCGAAACCGGAAGUAAGAAAUGGGAGGAAACACUAAGAAUUAGGAUUAUGACAGGUGUACGCUUUACAAAGGAAAAACGCAUUGUUUUCGUUGAGUUAGCUGAUAGAAGACGCGUUGAUUAAACAACCAUGUGUGAAGGAUACACAAUAGACGUAGAAUAUAAGAAUUGAUACACGGAGA